AUGGGUGGUCUAGAUUGCGAGCGCUCGAAUCACGACAUUUCAAUUAUACUUUGUACAGCAAUUACCGUAGGCACGGAGUCUUCGAUUCCGCGCUCAAACCUCGUUCAACGAACUAUAGAAUUAAAUUAUAUGAAUAAGAAACGUUCAAAUUCUUUAAAAUGGAUUAUAGUAAAUGCCAUAUUUUUGAUAAUAUUUGCUUAUGACCUGUCCUGUAAGUGUCCAGGAUAUACUUCAUUUUUACACUAUGUAGAACUCAUUUGCACUGGAAUAUUGGCUGCUAACUUGGUGCAGUAUGCCAUAUCUAUGGUGCCCAGAAGGGUACCUAAGCUACCUCUCUCAACUGAUCAACAGAAAUUGCUCGGAUUAUCCAGUGCAGAUUUAGAUUCAUCCUUUGUUUUGACACAAAGUGAUCACUCUUGCAUUCGGCCGAGCGAGAGCGAUAGCGAGAGCUGGCCAGUGUCUGACGCCGACCUGUCGCUGUCGCCGCGCACAUGGCGCGCGGCGCCGUCCUCUCCUCACUCCCAGCACUCACCUCACUCCCAACACUCACCUCACUCCCAACACUCACCUCACUCCCAACACUCUCCUCACUCCCCGCACUCUCCUCACUCCCCUCACUCGCCGCACUCCCCGCCCUCGCCCGCACCCUCCCCGCCGCACGCGCGCGACCAGUUCAUCGCCGACCACGGCUCGCUGUCCGCCUACCUGCGCCACUGCGAGGACAGCGCGCGCGCCGAGGCGGCCGGCGAAGGCGCCGCCCCCCCGCGCGUCGCGCCUCCGCCCGUCUACCAGCUCUCCGCCCCCGACGACGGUCACAGUAAACUCGAGGAGAGCUCGCCGCAGGGGUCUCCUCAGGUGUGGUGGCGGCUCGACCUCGACCCCCAGCGCCUCACCCAGUGGAACCUCAAUCUGCGCCUGUGGAUCCACGUGACGAUCCUGGAGCGGCUGGUGCGCUGGCUGCGCGCGGCGGACGCGCUGGCGCCGCUGCUGCCCUUCCUCGAGCCCUUCCCCGACCAGCGCUACGUGGUGCGCCGCAUCGCGGAGCUAGCGCAGGGCGGCUGCCUGAGCAACUACCGCUGGGACCGCGGCGGCCCCGAGUGGGACGCGUCCAAGCCCACGGACGCGGAGCUCGUGCUGCACCUGUUCGCCGCGUACCUGGACGGGCAGCUGGCGGGCGGCGGCGCGCGGCCCUUCAGCGCGGAGCACGUGCGCGAGGCGGGCGCGGGCGGGCGCGGCGCCGCCGUGCUGCGCGUGGGCGCGCGGCCGCCGCACUACGCGCUGGCGCUGGGCGGCGAGACGCUGGACGUGGGCCGCGGCCGCAACAACCUGCUGCACACGCUGCUGCUGUUCCUGGCGGCGGCGGCGCGCGCCGACCCGCCCGCGCUGGCGCGCACGCACCUCGGCCGCGCCGGCCUCAACAUGCUGUGGAUCAUCGGCCGCUGACGGCCGUGCUGCCGAGCCGCCCCCGGUGCCGCCCCCGUUACGAUUAAACCAAUUCGCUGGAGAUCAGAGGCCGCUAACUACCGUGCGGCCCUUCCUACUGCUUCCGUUAUGAUUAAAUCAGUAUUCUAAAUGUA